AUAAUGGAAAUAUUUUUGUGCCUUCUAGAAUGGGAUUUUCCUCCGAUUAGUCACUUUGUUUGUUUGACAAUUUUGACAUAUGACUUGUUGAUUGACAUUUACAGGUUAAUUUUUAAGAAAAAUUCUAGUUCUCAAAAAAUAAAAUUAUUUACAUUUAAUAAAAAUGUCUUGCGGUCAAUGUGGUACCAAAUAUAAUUUUUUUCAUAAAGAACUGGGUUGUUCCAAUUGUGGAUUAUCAUUUUGUGGAAAGUGUUUGCGACAAAAAUGUAAAGUUCCUUCGAAGGGAAAUGAGGAAUUGAGCGUGUGUAGGAAGUGUUUUUUAAGACUAACUGUUGGAUUUACUGAUAAUACACCACCGCCUCCAGAUGUGUUUCUUAAGAGACUAGAAGCAUUGGAAAAUCCUGCCGCUCCUCCUAUAACAAUGUAUAAAAGAGAUCCCAACAUUGAAAAGCUUCGAACUGGACUUGAACCUGCUGAUCAAAAAUUAUUAGAACGUUUAGAAAAGCUUAAAGAUGAUGGAAAAGGACCACCCCCUACAGACAGCGAAAUCAUGGAAAGGUUAAAGAAUCUAAAAGGAGAAAACGAAUAUGUGGAAGGACCAAGUGCAAGUCAAAGCAAACCAUUAUACACAGUGGAUACAAGAACGGACCAAGAAAAAGCUGAUUCUUUAUUGGAUCAAUUCAUGAGUGAAAAAGAAAUUGAGCUACGUCAUCAAAAUCUAGACGGUAUUGAAGCCAGGGUUGCAGCUUUAAGGGAACAAGGUGUAAGACCUAAUGAGGGACAGUACAUUAAAAAUUUGCAUGACUCUAGUAGUUCAGAGGAAGACAUUGAUAAAAUUACAAAAAAGAUUAUGGAUGAAGUAGCAUUGGACGAACGGCUGCCCCCGAGAUUGUUGAAAAGCAAAUCGAACUCGAGAGAAGAGGACGAGCCCGAGAGUAAAAACAAUGAAGACGAAUUACCGUGGUGCGUGCUGUGCAACGACGACGCAAAAUUCCGAUGUUUGGAUUGCGACGGAGACCUGUAUUGCAAUUCCUGUAACAUUGAAGCCCACAAAAAUUGGGGAGAUACCGAUCAUCGAGUAGUUCCGUACAAACCGCGUUCUAAUAAUUAA